CGCAGUCUCGGGAGCGCCAAGGCGGUUUUUCAGUUAUCUUCGGCCCGCCGCUCCCGCGAACCCGGCGUCUUUGGACUGCACCCUGGGCGCGGACGUCCACCGGGCACGGGAGAGAGCCACGAUGCCGAUCAAUAAAUCAGAGAAGCCAGAAAGCUGUGAUAAUGUGAAGGUGGUUGUGAGGUGCCGACCGCUCAAUGAGAGAGAGAAAUCCAUGUGCUACAAACAGGCUGUCAGUGUGGAUGAGAUGAGGGGAACUAUCACUGUACAUAAGACCGAUUCUUCCAAUGAACCUCCAAAGACAUUUACUUUUGAUACAGUUUUUGGACCAGAGAGUAAACAACUUGAUGUUUAUAACUUAACUGCAAGACCUAUUAUUGAUUCUGUUCUUGAAGGCUACAAUGGGACUAUUUUUGCAUAUGGACAAACUGGAACAGGCAAAACUUUUACUAUGGAAGGUGUUCGAGCUGUUCCUGAACUUAGAGGAAUCAUUCCAAAUUCAUUUGCUCACAUAUUUGGUCAUAUUGCAAAAGCAGAGGGUGAUACAAGAUUUUUGGUUCGAGUGUCUUAUUUGGAAAUAUAUAAUGAAGAAGUUCGUGACCUCUUGGGCAAGGAUCAGACACAGAGGUUAGAGGUUAAAGAGAGACCUGACGUGGGAGUUUAUAUCAAAGAUUUAUCAGCUUAUGUGGUAAAUAAUGCUGAUGAUAUGGAUAGAAUUAUGACACUAGGCCACAAAAAUCGUUCUGUUGGUGCAACUAAUAUGAAUGAGCAUAGUUCUCGUUCCCAUGCCAUCUUUACAAUUACCAUAGAAUGCAGUGAAAAAGGCGUUGAUGGUAACAUGCACGUCAGGAUGGGGAAGCUCCAUCUUGUAGAUCUUGCUGGUUCAGAAAGACAGGCAAAAACGGGAGCUACUGGACAGCGCCUCAAGGAAGCUACAAAAAUCAAUCUUUCGCUUUCCACCCUUGGUAAUGUAAUUUCUGCCUUGGUUGAUGGAAAAAGCACUCAUGUGCCUUAUCGUAAUUCUAAAUUGACUCGUCUUCUUCAGGAUUCCUUAGGAGGAAAUUCAAAGACCAUGAUGUGUGCAAAUAUUGGGCCAGCAGAUUACAAUUAUGAUGAAACUAUCAGUACAUUACGGUAUGCUAACCGUGCUAAGAAUAUUAAAAAUAAAGCUAGAAUUAAUGAAGAUCCAAAGGAUGCUUUGCUUCGUCAAUUUCAGAAAGAAAUAGAAGAACUGAAAAAAAAGCUUGAGGAAGGGGAAGAAAUAUCAGGCUCUGAUAUCAGUGGGUCAGAAGAGGAUGAUGAUGAAGAGGGUGAGGUUGGAGAAGAUGGAGAGAAAAGGAAAAAAAGAAGGGGUAAAAAGAAAGUUUCCCCUGAUAAAAUGGUUGAAAUGCAAGCAAAAAUUGAUGAAGAGAGAAAAGCACUUGAAACAAAGCUUGACAUGGAAGAAGAAGAAAGAAACAAGGCUAGGGCUGAAUUAGAGAAACGGGAAAAGGAUCUUCUUAAGGCCCAACAAGAGCAUCAGUCUUUGCUAGAGAAAUUAUCUGCACUGGAGAAGAAGGUAAUUGUUGGUGGUGUUGACUUAUUGGCGAAAGCUGAGGAACAAGAGAAACUUCUUGAAGAAUCUAAUAUGGAACUGGAAGAAAGGAGGAAAAGAGCAGAGCAACUUCGCAGAGAAUUGGAGGAAAAAGAGCAAGAACGCUUGGAUAUUGAAGAAAAAUAUACCAGUUUGCAAGAGGAAGCACAGGGAAAGACCAAAAAAUUAAAGAAAGUUUGGACUAUGCUGAUGGCUGCAAAGUCAGAGAUGGCUGAUCUCCAACAAGAACAUCAGAGGGAAAUUGAAGGCCUAUUGGAGAACAUUCGACAACUUAGCCGGGAGCUUCGGCUUCAGAUGCUUGUUAUUGAUAACUUUAUACCUCAGGAUUAUCAGGAAAUGAUUGAAAACUAUGUCCACUGGAAUGAAGACAUAGGAGAAUGGCAGCUAAAAUGUGUUGCCUACACAGGAAAUAACAUGAGGAAGCAAACUCCAAUUCCUGAUAAAAAAGAGAAAGAUCCCUUCGAAGUGGACCUUUCCCAUGUAUAUCUUGCCUAUACUGAGGAGAGCCUGCGGCAGUCCUUGAUGAAGUUGGAGAGGCCCCGGACUUCAAAGGGGAAAGCAAGGCCAAAGACAGGGAGGAGAAAGCGUUCUGCAAAGCCUGAAACUGUAAUUGACUCUUUACUUCAGUAAAUGUUACAGAUUUAAAGUCUCAAUAAAAAGUAGUGAUAUCCAUGCCUGGACAAAAUAUUUAAUUAAACACUGAAGACUUUUGUGUAAUUUCAAGUAAUGAAAGCUGUAAGUCAUGGAGUAAGACUGGAACUAGUAAUCUGUCUAAUAAUUUUUAGUCUGUAUAUGUCAGUAUAACAUUGAAAUUGCACAACUGGUAAUUGUUCAAAUAGUCAUAUUACUCUUCAUUUUAUACUAUGCAGGGAAGUUGGGGGAGCAGCUCCUACUGUAGAGAGUUGCUGUUCAGAUGUAUUCAUAAAUCUGCUAGUAAUUUGCUCAACUACUGUAUAUUUACCUAACUGGAUAUUCGAAAUAGAAUAAAAUGUAGGUCCUGUCUUGCACAUAGACAGCAGUUCUAAUUGUCCUAUGUUUUGCUGUUAUAUAUGAAUGUAUGGACUGCAUAUCUAAGAAAUGGUUCAAUCCUAACGCCCGCCCGGCCUGUUUAAGUAUGUUCUCAUUUUUGUGUUAUCUUUAUUGUAUCUUAAGUAUUAGAUGACCUCUAGAAUGACAGUCAAUCUUUAGAAGUACACAUUUAAAAAACGAAAGUUGAAAAUAUGUUUCAACUGUACCUCUCUUGACUAUUUUUGCCAUUUAGAGUUCAAAUCAAAUAUACUUUUGUUCUGAUUUCAUGUUCUCAUAAAACAUUGAAUAUGUACCUAAUUAUAAAGGAGUCACCGUUGCAGAAAAUUAAGCUAAAUACUGGUCACUAGUCUUUGCUGUAUGUGUAUAUUUUUAAAAAUUCAUUUUGAAGUGUGAUUAAUGGAUGCUUUCCUUUGAGUUCUAAAUUGUGAUGAAAAUUGAGUCUCCAUUUCCCAGAAAGUACAACUAAAGCAAGAAAAAUAGCUCUUAAUCCUUUGCCAUUAAAACAUUUUGGUUUGUUUUUUUCUUUAUAGUUUAUUAAAAGAAAAUAUUCUUCCCUGAAUUUCUUCCAUUGACAAAUCCAG